AACAACGAACAGCCAUCAGUUACGUGCAGUACUCGUACGAAUCUUUAUCGUACUGUACAUAGGGGUACGUACUGUACGGUGCGUAACCCAAAAAAUGGAAUUCCGAUGAAACCAAUUUUUGGCACAAAUCCAACUCGCAGCGCACAGCAACGCAACGCGAUACUUGUUUGAAUAGAAACAGAUACAAAGAAUAACAAUGGCGGAGGCCUUGCCAUUUCAACCGUCCGUCGAAGCUUCCGGUCCCGAGCACCAGAGUAUUCAAAACUAUGGCUCCUUGAAAGGAGGAUGUGGUGAAGGCGAAGAUUACGACGGCAACAAAAGCACUGUACUCUGCGAUAUUUUAGAACAUAAAGAAAUGAAAGAUUCCUUUAAUGGGACAUACGAACCGGACAGUAGCACCGAGAUGAGCGAUGGUAAUGGUAGUAGUGGCAGCGACAACAAAAACGGUGAUAAUUCCGACCACAACUACGACGAUAUGAGUUCGUGUACAUACGAUUCAGACGACAUCGAGGCGAGAUUUUCCGAUAUUUCCGGCAAGAGCUUCCACCUCGGUGACCACACCCGAAUGAGCAUCAACAACAUUCUUGUGAACCAGCGGAGGACGGAUUCGUUUGCGCAGUACGGAGAAGACUACCAGUUGGUGCCCACGCAGCUCAAGAAGAACGUUCGGGUGGUGGAAGACAUGAACAUGGACUACGGUGGCCGGGGGCGUUUGUACCUAGCCUCGUAUUCCUUUUUCGACAACAAUCAUGAGACUAAGUACGCCCUGACGAUUCAACCCAAUAUCUACAAGCAGCUGUUUACGGAGGUGCACGACGCCUACAACGUCCCGUGCGGAUUAUUCUUUUGCUGCCACGGCGGCGACGGAGCCCACACCGGUGUAUCGCACAACGAUUUUGUCGACAUUAAGUUAGCGUGGGUCGUCUUUAUCUUCGUCAUCGGUUGCCUUCUUGGCCUGGAAUUAAUAAAUGGUUAAACCUAGGAAGGUCACGGAAGUUGUAAGUUUCGGUAUCGGCCGGUAACAGAAUUGUAUACAUGAAUGAAUGUAUCACUAGUUCCAAUCGGCAACCAUCCCUUGGGGGAAGGCGAUGCGCCGAAUGUAAUCUAUCUUUCGAUUUUGGAUCACAAUAGACGGGAACCGAAGGGGGGGAAUCGAUCCAUAAAGGGCUGUUUCGGAUUUAGUAGUGGUUUGGUUGAAAUACGAAGGCUUUUUUGCCGUUGCGUGAACCAUUGCCAAGAUAUGAAGAAGACCAGAUCGACUUUCCUAAGCCAGGAAUCGAACGUUUGCGCGGGAAAUAAUCGACACUUCACGCA